UAUUCGUUCUGCCCCACCAAUCAUUUUAGAUUCUAUUAAAAUUUUCUUUUAGAUUUUUGUUUUUGUUUUUGUUUUUAGUUUUAGUUCUUCAAAACAUCCUUUCCUUAUCGUCGUUUGAGCUUCCUAGUCUUGGAAAAGAAAAAAAACCUAAAAGAAGAACGAAGCGACAAAAAAGAAGAAGAAGAAACAAAUCUUUGGGAGCUCCUUCCGCCUUUUCUUUUGUGCAUGGUGUGCCUCAACGGUUCUAUAGCUAAGAGUAAUUCAAUUCGUUUUCCUCUCCAGCUACAAGUGAAGAGGAUCUUAUGAGACAUUUGAUUUCUCAUUGAAGAAAACUUGCCGGUCUUGUACUAUCAUAUUAUUAGGCAGGGCGGAUGGAUGAAAACAAUGCAGCAAAGUUAACCGGAAUCCGGCAGAUCGUUAGACUAAAGGAGAUUUUGCAGAAAUGGCAAACCGUAACGAUAGGUUCCAAGUUAGAUGUUCCUCCACUGGAAGAUGGAAAGCAAGCGGCAGCACUAAUUUCACCAGCGAUCAACAAGAGGCUAUUAGCUGUCAAGAAUUGUGACUCGGAUGAGGAGAGCAGUCAAAGCCCUAAGACUCCGGCUGAUGUUCCGAGAGGGUAUUUAGCGGUUUACGUUGGACCGGAGCUAAGGAGGUUUAUCAUACCAACAAGCUAUCUCAGCCACUCUUUGUUCAAGGUGUUGCUCCAGAAAGCAGAGGAAGAGUUUGGGUUUGAUCAGAGCGGUGCGCUCACCAUCCCUUGCGAGGUCGAGACUUUCAAGUACUUACUUAAAUGCAUGGAGAACAAUCUUAGAGAUCAUCACCCUGACGACAGCUCCGCUGGGGAUGCAGUAGAAGCGAAGGAAGAGUAAAUACAAAUCAAGUGAUAAAACUCUUUAAAACUUUUUUUUAAUUACGAUUAUUGUUAUCCUUUGUUAUUGUUUAUCAUAUGUUGAUGGAAAUUGUUAGGGUGAUUACUUUGGGGGUGUAAUUGUAAAAUCAGGUUGUUUUUUUUAUUGUCCUGGUUUUUAUUUUCUUCUCCAUUUUUUUCCAAAGGGGAUUUAAGUUAUGUUAGAUAUGAAGGGAUUUUUGGUGGUCAGGGUGAUGCGAGAUAAAAC